CUAAAUUUUACACACGCAAAAUUCAAGAGGGGGGUCAGGACAUCCGGACCCCCCCUCUAAAUCCGCCCCUGGUCCCUGCUGUAAUGAACAGCGUGAGUGGAAUUUAACUGCCUGCUGAUAAAAUUCCCGGCUUCAGCACGAGCCUUGCCCAUACUCACAGCCGCCCACUCCAGCGAGAUGCAAAGCUGCGACUGGGAGUUUGUGUCCAAUGCGGAUGCUGCAGUUGCUGAGUAACAUGAUGGCCAGACACAAAUGCUGCAUGACAUUGUUAGUGCGAGUACAACUGCGGCACUCUUUGCAUUUUACUUUGAAUUAGUAAAUGCUGGCACCAAAUAAUAGGGUGCAACUUUGUGCCCGAUAUGAACAUUUUUCAUCCCUUGUUUGCAUUAACAGUGUCGCACUUUGUUAGGUCAGAACAAUCCUUAACACCAGUGGGGUGAGGCGUACGGAAUUCAUGCCAUAAACCGAUCUCACCAGCCAGUUUGACUACGCGCCACAGCUUUCGCAAUGCAUUGAGGGAACUUCAGUCUUUCUGCACGUGCCCGAAACACUGGAACUCUGCGCGUGAGACAGCACAAGCCGUUUCGGGCACCACCGUCUACCUAUUGUGAACUAAAGUUAUGGCGGCUUCAUGCAUGCGCCGAACGUUUGGUGAGGUGGGUCUAUUGGUGGCAGGACGACAACAAUUUCUUUCUUUUUGUCUUUAUUGGUCCCUCUCAAAACAAAUGCAUUUCUGUGACCAAUGACUACUCUGCCAUACAAAUGUCUGCUGCAUGCACCAUAUUGUGGGGUUUCAUUUUGUGCCUACAAAAUUUACAGGUUCACUGCAAGUCUCAAUACAAAAAUCGAAAAUCGGAGGCUCCAUCCUAAUAAGAACUCUUGGUCAGUGCUCUGUGCUUAAACAAAGUAGGUCAAUGCCAAAGGGUGCAAUAUUGCUUUUGCAUGAAAUUACACACAGAACAUAUAAGAGCUUUAUGCCCAUUCUCGAUUAAUGCUGCAGGGAGCAGCUCCCUCCACAAUUAUGAGCAUUCCUUAUAAAAGUACAAAUGGCAGCCGUGUCUAGAAGUGAACGACAGGACUGACGCUGGCUGUUGUCUUUGUUCGAUACUCAGGAGCGGUUCCCUCAUUCCUGGCAGCAGGCUCCUCCGUCCAGCCAUGUACAUCGCAGGGGACGACUGCCUCAAAGGGUGCGGUUCCCUCAUCCCUGGCAGCAGGCUCCUCCAUCCAGCCGUGUACACCGCAGGGGACGACUGCCUCGAAGGGAGCGGUUCCCUCAUUUCUGGCAGCAGGCUCCUUCUUCCAGCCAGGUACACCGCAGGGGACGAGUGCCUCGAAGGGUGCGGUUCCCUCAUUCCUGGCAGCAGGCUCCCCCGUCCAGUCAUGUACACCGCAGGGGACGAGUGCCUCGAAGGUUGCGGUUCCCUGAUCCCUGGCAGCAGGCUCCUUCUUCCAGCCAGGUACACCGCAGGGGACGAGUGCCUCGAAGGGUAA